AUGGCUUCUUCGAUUGAAAAAUUGUCGUUAACGACGAGUGAAAAUGAUUUUUCAAUAAAUUCACAAUUUUUGAAAUGUUCGAAUGUAAAUUUUCCUAACAACAAUGAAACAACAAACGAAACUCCUCUACAAACUUCAUGGACAUUUUGGUUGGAUAAAGCAGUCAAAGGGUCCAAAGCAAGAGAAUAUGAAACAAAUUUAAGUAAAAUAUACACAUUUGAUACAAUACAAGGAUUUUGGUCUGUUUAUAAUAAUUUACCUGAUGUUAAAGGCAUUCAAAUCGGAUACAGUUAUCACAUGAUGAGAGAUGAAAGACGACCGAUUUGGGAAGAACCAUACAAUCAAAAUGGAGGAGUAUGGAGAUUUAGAUGCAACAAAGAUGACACAUCGAAAGUUUGGAAAGAAUUAAUUUUGGCAGCCAUUGGUGAACAAUUUUCAGAAUCCAUUACCGAGGAAGAUGAAAUAUGCGGACUUACAGUAUCUGUUAGGGAAAAAUUUGACACAGUGAAAAUAUGGAACUCGAAAGCAGAAUUAGAAAGUCAAGCGAGAUUCAUAGAACUCAUGAAGCAUAUGAAAAUAACAUUUGGAACCCAAGAACUAAUCGAUGAAAAUAUGCAUUAUGAUGAUGAUUCAUUCACAACAACAACAACAACAAAAGAAAAGGUAAAAACGACCGUUAGAACGACUCUAAAAGAUGAAAUAUUUGUUUUAGAUUUCCGUACAAAGUUCGUAAGACGUUAUAAAAGAAAAAAAAAGACUUUGGAUUGA